AUGAAAUUAAUUUAUUUUUAUUUGAUUACAUGUAUACCAUUAAUUUAUAGUGGUAAAGGAUUUUCACCUGAUGGUUAUGAUGACGAUGUUAGUUCAUUUUUCAAUAAUGGAAAUGAUUUAUAUGGUGGAUAUUAUCCAGGUAAUCAUGAUGAUCAUCAUCAACAUCCACCACAUAAUCCAGAUGACGGAGAUCAGCCACCACCACCACCACCACCACCUUCGAAUCCUGAUGAUGGUCAACAACGAGUACAACCACCUCCUAAAAUCCCUCAAGGACCACAUCAGCCUGAUGGCGACGGGAAUCAUCAACAACCGCACUAUAACCACAGUCAUCAUCACGGAUAUUAUGAUGAUUUAGAUAGAUAUGAUAUGGAAGUGAGAGAUAUAGUUUUCGGUGGACAUCAUUAUUAUAAACCAAGAUAUUAUGGAGAAGGUCAUGGUAUAAAAGGUGAAGAUGCUUAUGGUGAUACACCAAAAGAUCCUACCAAAUAUGACCGAUAUGGGAAUUAUUUACCUGAUUAUCGCAAAGAACCGGAAACUACUCCACCGCCUAUACCUAUUCCUAAUGCAGGACAAAACAAUAAUGGUGGAUCAGAAGGUAAAGAAUCUUAUGGUUACACACCAAAAGAUCCUACCAAAUAUGAUCGAUAUGGGAGUUAUGUACCUGGUACGCCCAUAGAUCCGGGUGCCCUUCCACCGCCUUUACCUGUUUCUAAUGCAGGACAAAACACUAAUGGUGGAUCAAAAGGUAAGGAAUCUUAUGGUUACACACCAAAAGAUCCUACCAAAUAUGCUCGAUAUGGGAAUUAUUUACCUGAUAAGCAUGUAGAUCCAGAAAAUCUUCCACCGCCUAUACCUGUUUCUAAUGCAGGACAAAACAAUAAUGGUGGGGGGGAAAGUCGUAAACCCGAUAAAGAAAGAGACAGUGAAUCUAAGCCGAAAAAAUAUGUUAAAUACAAGAAAUAUAAACCGUCAACCAAACGGACAUCAAGUAAAACAAACGGAAAUUCAAAUUCGGGAAAGAAAGGAAAAAAAGGAAAAAAAAGAAAUAAUCAUAGAAGAUAUCGUAAUAAGUAUACGACAGAAGCAACGCCACUACCAACACCAUUUCCAGAAGAGCCAGUUCCUCCACCAGAUGAGGAAGGCUACAGAGAAGGCCAAGAAUAAUUAUAGUGGUAAAUACAAAUGGACGAAAUGUAAAUGCAAAUGCAAUCGAAAAUGAUCUUUAUGUUAAGCUAGUAUGGGUUGUUGAUACAAUUAAACUGUUAUAAUACUACUACUACUAAUAAUAAUAUAAC